UAUCCUCCGCCGCCGUCCUGUCCACGCCGCCCCGGCCUUCGCCGCCGGAGCUCAAGUUCGUCAAGCGCAUCCAGUCCAAGCUGUCUGAGAUCCGUGGGGCCUGCUCGUCCCCGGACUUCAGCAGGAGGGUGCUCGAGAAGUGGAGUCCCAAGGCCACCAUCCGCAUCGAUCUGUCCGCCAUCCGAAACGCAAUCGUCUCAGAGGUGGACGUGGUCGGGGCGGUCCUCGAUGUCGGCAAGGUCAAGGGCCAGAGCUGGAGGAUGGUGCGGUGGAAGCGGGUGGAGGAGGAGGAGCAAGGGAGGGAGUGGGAGCCCAUUCGGAUCCUCAAGACAGGGCUGAAAGAGUUGGAACGGAAGAGCCAGUCCACGAGCAACGAGCUCGUCGAAAAACUGAAAUCGAGCCUGGGAUCAUUUGUGAAGGAACGCCAAGAGUCGAAGGAAGUUCCACCAUUGGAUCUACCUGAACUUUUGGCAUAUUUUGUUAAGCAAUCUGGGCCAUUUUUCAAUCAGCUUGGAAUACGGCAAGAUAUAUGUGACAAAAUUGUGGAAGCUUUAUGCAGUAGGCGCAAAGAUCAACUCAUGCAUCAUUCUCUUCCUGCAAAGGACACAUCCUUACCUGGAAAUGAGAACAGUGAUGAACUUGAUUUGAGAAUAGCCAGUGUGCUCGAAAGCAUGACCUUGGUGAACAAAAUGGUAAAGCUGCGAGUUAUCGGUGCCUUUAAAAUGUGCCCUAUUGAGAUCCCCACAUUUAGCUCCUAUGAGAGCUUAGUUAUUAGAGUAGAGAUAUGGACAUCUUGGACUAGUUAUUAGCAAAUGUUUUCUUUAACCUCCAAUACCAGUUUAGCUAUUUUUAGACUCAUCACCGAUCCAUAAAACCUCUCUUAAUAUUAUAGACUACAGGAACUCUCAACCGAGAUGGUGAAGGAUUUGCCUUUGUUGAACAAUUUAUGUUUUCUCUAGAGAUUCACUUUUCAA